GUUCAGGCCAGACCUUAAACAGGACACAACCAAGACUUCUCUAUCUCUUGCCCAUUCCCUCUCUCUCUCUCUCUCUCUCUCUCUCUCUCUCAUUUCUUCCCUCUUUAAUCUUCCUCUAUAUAGCAUGAAGUGUACCCUGUGCGUAUUAAUGGUUAUAGUCAUCAUCUGUCACAUCCAGCUCAGAGCAGAAGGUUUUCCUUGCACAAUGCUUAAAAAGUGGAAUCUGCCUUCAUACAACAUCACAGUCCUGCGCAGAAUUCAGAAUGAGGUAUCACCCUCAGCCGAAGCUGCUCAUGAGGUGACACAUGACAACAGGAUUCAGUACCUAAUAAGAAUUGGGGAACAGGAUCACCUUCUCAACCUGCAAAAGGCACAUGACCUUCUUACAACCAAUUUUACUGCGUCUCAUUAUACAGAGGAUGGUACAUUGGUUACAGAGUCACCCAGCCAUUUGGCACACUGCUGCUAUACCGGGACAUUAGAUGGAGUCGCAGAAUCGUUUGUGUCACUGUGUACUUGCCACGGCCUCAGUGGUUAUAUAACUCUUGCUGAUGAAGUUUACAGCAUUGAGGCACUGAGUGAAGCUGCCUCUGUAGAGAAUAUUGCGGCAAUGCUGCAUAACAGAAGAUACUCAGUAUCUGAAAGACACAGGCACCAAAAGCGCUCCCUCCAGGACACCAACAGCAAGGAACAGGAAGAAACCUACAAUAUUGAGCUGUUUUUGGUGGCUGACAAGAAAGAGUUCCAGCGUCAUGGAGAGAACCUGGAGAAAACCAGACACCACCUAAUAGCUGUGGCGCAUCAUCUUAAUCAGAUCUUUUUGAAGAUCAAUUUCCAGAUUUUUCUGGUGGGGAUUGAAAUCUGGACCCAGGAAAACAAAGCAAAUGUUUCCAUCACUGCCUCUUCAACUCUGCUACACUUCCUGGAGUGGAGGAGCAAACACUUGCUGCCCAGAAAGCACCACGACAAUAUUCAACUGAUAAGUGGUAUGCGUUUCAGGAACCAUGCGCUAGGAGAGGCCUUUGUGGCUAAAAUGUGCAGCCCAUCUCAGAGUGGAGGAAUCAUAAAGGACACAGGACUGAGCCCCAGAGAACUAGCCAAGUAUGUAGCUCAUGAGAUGGGACAUAAUCUUGGAAUGAACCAUGAUUCAGAUACUUGCUACUGUCCUGUCAUAUCGGGGAGAUGUUUAUUAUCAAGGCACACAGGGUACAGCUUAAACGAUGCGUUCAGUGACUGCAGCUACCGUUUUCUCAGUAGGUUCCUCCAUGAGAAGGAUAUUAGCUGCCUGAGGGACAGACCUCACACAUACAUACAUGAAAUUGUAGAGCACAGUGAACCAUAUAAGACCCUCGAAGCUGUUGGGAAGGUCUCUGUGUUCCUUUGCCCACUCAUUAUCCUACUGUUAUUGGGGAUCAUCUGUAGAUCAGCAUUCCAAAAAUCAUCGUUUGAGUCCGUGGGAAAGAAAAGAAAGAAGCUGAAGAUGACGUUCUCCCCAGUGAGGUCUUGUGAAGGACAACCCAGUGUGGCCAUCUGAUCUGCUGAGGCUGGAGUCAUGUUGGGAGAAAUUUCAUCUGAUAUCAGACUUCUGUUUACACACAGAGUUUUUGUUGCCUUAUGGGUAAAUAGUCUCCAUGAUUGAAGUUAGGAUAUCAGUAGGUCAAGUCUUGAAAGCUAGCUAACCUAGAAGUUGGAUUUAUUUGACAGAGGAAAAUAAAAAAAUGGACUCAACAAAGUCCAAGAUGGAGGAGUAUUCAGGAAAAAAAGAAAAGGUGGAGCAAGACGGCUCUCAGAAGAAAAUAAAUUUGAGAAAGAACUUGUCAGAAUGGGUGGUGGAUGCAAUGAAUAGUCUUCGGACACUGGUGCUAAAAACUAACAUUCUCUCAGAGUUUUAUUCUAGAUGUAAACAAAUAUUUAAAGGAACAAUCAAGUCCAAAUAAAACUUUCAUGAUUUAAAUAGAGAAUGCAAUUUUAAACAACUUUCCAAUUUACUUUUAUCACAAAUUUUGCUUUGUUCUCUUGGUAUUCUUAGUUCAAAACUAAACCUAGGAGGUUCAUAUGCUAAUUUUUUAGACCUUGAAGACUGCCUCUAAUCUGAAUGCAUUUUGACCACUAGAGGGCAUUAGUUCAUGUGUUUCAUAUAGAUAACAUUGAGCUCAUGCACGUGAAAUUACCCUGGAGUAAGCACUGAUUGGCUAAAAUGCAAGUGUGUCAAAAUAACUGAAAUAAGGGGGCAGUUUGCAAAGGCAAAGAUACAAGGUAAUCACAGAGGUAAAACGUGUAUUUCUAUAACAGUGUUGGUUAUGGCAUGCAAAACUGGGGAAUGGGUGAUAAAGGGAUUAUCUUUCUUAUUAAACAACAACAAUUCUGGUGUUGACUGUCCCUUUAAAGUCUCUAUGACUUAUACUAUAAUGACAUCAAAUAAAUGAGAUAUAUUAAUACUUUAUUCCCCCCCUUUUCUGCUGCAGCCUCUAACAACUCAUUUUAGUCAUCACAAAAUCCAGCUCAAACACAAGAAGAAGACGAUCAUGCAAAAAUAAUGGUGCACCACUGAAAGCCUUCUGUAUUGGUAUCUUUAUACACUUAAAGGGACGUGAAAGCCCUCUGUACUGGUAUCUUUAUACACUUAAAGGGACGUGAAAGCCCUCUGUACUGGUAUCUUUAUACACUUAAAGGGACGUGAAAGCCCUCUGUACUGGUAUCUUUAUACACUUAAAGGGACGUGAAAGCCAAACAUUUUCUUUUGUGUUUCUUACAUAACAUUUUACUUUACAGAAGUCAUGUGUAUCAAGUCUAAGAUCCAUAUGUAAGCCUGACUAAUAAUAUUAUUAUACAUGGGACUUCAUCCAAUCUAUACAGAAAUAAAAAGAAAGCCCAAUCUAGUA